AGGGACAAGCUGAUGGAAUCGUUGCGCGAGAGCCAGGAACGAUUACAGGAAACGGAAGCACGUUUGCAGGAGGUCGAAAAAGAACGGGACUCUUUGAAUCGUCAGCUGAACGCCAAUAUUCCUCAGGUGAUUGUAAUCAAUCAUUGUAGACAAUGAGCAUUCAAUUACGAUCGACUAUAGCGAUCCUUUGGAAGGAAAGGGUUAACAGUACAUCAGGAUAACGAUUGAAAAUCUGCACCACUUCUUUUUUUCUUCCAUCGACGGAAAGCAUCGAAAGGUGUUGAGUGUCAGGUCGUUAAGUGGGUGCUAACAACUCGAAUUCUUCGGCUUCGUUGCCUCGAGCUGAUUAGCGAGAGAAAAUCGAACGGGUCUAGCAUCGACGUGACCAGAGAUCAUGCUAAUUGACUCGUAUGCAUUUCAAACCUUUCUCAACCGACCAACCAGUUUUAAAAGCUUAUCUUUCAUUUUUAACGAAGUAUACGUUUAGAAAAUUGAAAGUGACUCUACUUCUUCAUUUUCAGAUUCUUAGCUAACUAAUGACGAGCCUAGAAAAGUAUCUAAAUUUAGAAUAUUCUAUGAAACCUGAAGAUUUCAAUGUAUUUCUUUCACGCAAGAUCCUCAGGAUCGUAUCACGAUUGUAUUACAAGACUGGCUGUAGUUAUUGGUGAUCCAUUGCGUUCCACGCGUGUGGAGAUAGGGUGUGGAUGUCGUGAUGUAACGUGUGCCGGAUUACAGGCUACCACGGAGCAAUUGGAGUGCGAAGGGCAGAGUCACUCGAGUGGCUCGUAUUACGUGAUUUCUGCUUUCGUCCUUCCGCGAUUUUCCUUUAAAGCUGCCAACACAAUUUGGUAAACGAGUUCCGUGGGUUUGAGAUCCUUUCUUUCGGGAUCUCUGAUCAAUUGUAAACCUCCUUCAGCAGAAUUUCCUGUGGUUAUCAGAUUUUUAAGAUUGAGUAUCGCUCAAGGCAAAAUCAGAGAGAUUGUUUCCUAUAAUUUGAAAGAUAAUACCAUAUGUGAGUGACAUUUGAAUUUCUAUUAUUAAGAAUACUCCGAACAAACUAUUGUGAAAAUUUUAACAGGCUCAAACAAUUUUAACGAUUAUCAGAUUUAGCGUUCGUUUCUUGGAGAAGCGAUCAGGAAGCGAAGAUUUCAUCGAAUUUCUCCCCGAAACAAUCCGCCACAGUUCUCUAGAAAUUCUCAACAGUCCCGACCGAAUAUUCCCCGGGAUUAUUUGGAACGAUCCUGGUAGAACAUCGUCGGAAAGAAAGGAUUAUUCGCUGCCAAGCAUGCUUGGAGCGAUCUCGAAGCUGCGGCAACGCGACACAAAGACCGUGUUUCAUUUCUGAUACUGCAGAGAGUUUUGUCCUGUCGUAGAACCCGGGACAGAAGCCAGGGUGAAAAGUUUUCACGAUGGAAGCUCAUUUUUUUUUCUUCUCCUUCCAACGAUCGAGCGAUGAAAAACUGACCCGCUCGCAGUUUCGGCGCGCAAUGCCGGCCAGAGGGUUGCAAAAAAACUGCAACCGCGUGCCAUGGAAGUCGAGGGUUGAAGGCGAAAAAAGAUUAUACCUCGGACCCUUCCCAUAGAAGAUAUUUAAAUUGCGAUGGAAUCGUUUCAAGAGUUCCCGUAAUCAUUUGGAUUUGGAUCAGAGUAGCAGCUAUACAGUGUCUAAGAAAUAUAUUUGAAAUGCAGAGGAUUGAAGGUUCCUGUUGAAAAUCUCUUUUCUUUUGGAAUUACCAUCCUUUACUAUGGAACGAAACACCCAGUCCACGUGAAAAUCGUCCCUUGAAAGCUGCGAAGAUGCCCCGGGAAGUUUAUCGAUCUCCCCCCUGGUAGGGCUGAUUAUUCGUCGAGGAAAAGGUUGGAGAGCGACCGAAUGACGAUUCGGCUUAGAAAUUCGGGAAAAGGACGAAACGAAACGAUGCGAUAGGAAACGGAAGGAAAGGUAGAGCGGAGGUGGCGCGGAAGUUUGGGGUAAAAAUUUCUAGGACGAACCGAGCGGGUGCAAUGCACCGGUGUACGCGAUAUACGCUUCACGAUCAAUACCCACCCCACCUACUCGGCCGGCGGCGCAUGAAUGAACCUCGCCUUUUACACACUACUCGGUAGUAGUAGCUCUCUCUACUCGCGCGCGGCUCGAUGCAGCAGCAGCGCCGGUUUGCAGCGAGCUGCAAACGCCGUCUUCUCGACCGAGCCCAGCGGUUUUCAUCUUUUCAUUAUGAAUCAAUCAGAUCUUUAUAAAAUUUGUAAUGAUGGAUAAGAGUGUUUUGGUAAAAAUCCUGAUGAGAAUCAUCUUCUAGGGUUGAUUGAUAAACGUCACUCCUAUUUAAAAUGGGUCGAUGAACAAAAAUAGACAAAGCACUUUUAUUAAGUAUCAUCAAUUGAAGCACACCACAGGACUGUAAUCAAGAAUACCUUUAUGGUUAAAAACUCGGGGAUAGGAAUUUUGUUGAAAAUUCUGAAACAAUACUGGUACUAUGGGAGAUAGAAAUCGUCAUCAAUCACUCGGUGUACGAAACAGGAAGUAAUUGAAAUUCAUUGAAACUUUUUGUACGCGACUGAAUUAAAUGCGGUCCAAUUUUUCAGAUCCCCGAUAAUCGUUGGCACGUAACUGACCGACCUAUAUAUUUUUUCUCUCUCUAUUCACCGUGUCGUUUGAUCGAUCAGUUCUUUUUUUUCUUUUUCCUGUUUCCGUAGCAUCGAAAAAAAUUAGUUUCUGGGUCGGUCCUGUCGUGUUUCUGAUAUUCCUUGACAUGUAGGUUGAGAACCGUGUGUUUAGAGUGCACUUGCAAGACACACGGUGCCGUAUAUAGUUCGAACGUUAGCCUCCCUAUCCACCCACUGCAUUAUUACUCGGGUUAUACGAUUAAUUCGAGAGAGGUGAAUUCAUCUCGCACGAUUGUGCAAACUCUUAAGAUCAUCCUCGCGGAGAAACUUUCAGAAGUUGCAGCUGGUGCACGCAGGAAAUCAUCCUUUUCUUUUCUUUUUUAUAUCCUCGUAACUAAACAAAACUGAAACAUAUUCGUGGGAGAUUCGCAUUGUUGGAAAAUUCUGUUCUUUUAUCUCGCUGUCUUGAUAAUAUUCUCCGCUUUAUCACUGACAUUAUUUGUUCAACGAAUCCGUACGUUUUAUCCCCUGAAAUUCUGUGAAUAGAAUACAAGCUGUUUGUUAUUCAGUGACGCGUUUCAGGAGGAUGAUUUUCACGAUUCUUGUGGUCAUUCAGUAGCCUAGCAAACAUAGAUACCCGUUAUCGAAAUUCUUUCAGCAAAUCUGUGUCGAAUCACAGCCGUGAACUCGUUGUUCAAUGAUGCAAACAUCUUAUCUCUCCUGUCUGCUAUUUAAACAUUUUUCCCUCGGUAAACCAAUUGUGGGUUUGGGAUCUUCAAACUAGACGAUAAAAGGUAGAUGCUUCUGUGACCGUACAUUGAUACGAAUUUCUAUGGAGAGUUAGACAGAAUGUACAGUGUAUAUUAUCUGCAUCAAGUAGAGCAAAGGAGGUCGGUAUUUGCACAGUGGCCAAGUCGAAGUGUAAACAUCUGGUGCAUAUUAUGCACGACUCCUGGAAACUAUUCGUCAUAAGUUGGCGAGCAAACAGAACUAUGUCCUUUAUAAGGGAACAGUGAUGUAGAUUGUACAUAAAGCAAGUUGAGAAACUAAAGACACCGAUGGUAAAAUAAAAUCACUGAUUACUCAUAGGAAUAUCUCGUUCGAAUUACGAAGGCAAGUUAGCUAGAGGAUUGCUCGAACGAUAAAUUUGUUUAAGCCAUUUGAAAGUGUCGUAGUUGAAGGGUGAAUGGCAUCUACGAAAAGGAAAGUGCUCACCCACGCAUCCCAUCUGACGGACAUUUCGAUGGCAAGCUACGAGCACCCGUUCUCGUGUUACCCGCUAAUUAAACUCGAGCGGAUGUAAAACAUAAAACGCGGCAGAUAAGCGGCGAGAUAAUCUUGCGAAAUCGCGUAUGAACGCGGCGAAAAGCUACUGCACACCUGUUCCCUCGAAGACUUCUAAGGCGACGAGUGUUAUACCAUUGGCAAACGAUCGGAAUUUUCCCAGCUGACGAAGGAGCUCGCAGCAGCACGCGAGAGUAUUUUAGAAAGAGAGGAAGAAAUAUCGGAGCUGAAAGCAGAGAGGAAUAAUACUCGUCUUCUGCUCGAACAUCUGGAAUGUCUGGUCUCACGGCACGAGCGAUCGCUUAGGAUGACUGUGGUGAAGAGGCAAGCGGCCGCGCAAUCUGGAGUAUCGUCCGAAGUUGAAGUGCUCAAAGCUCUGAAAAGUCUGUUCGAGCACCACAAGGCUUUAGACGAGAAAGUACGAGAACGAUUGAGAGUUGCAUUGGAAAGGAAUACUAGCUUGGAAGAAGAGUUAGCCAUUAUUAAAGAAGAGCUCCAGCAAUAUAAAUUAAGUGGUCAUGCGCCUAAAGCUAUGGAGGAUAGACCCAAAGAAAAUGGGCAGACAGAGGAUGGCCAGCAGCAAAACAAGAAUGAGACUGAGCAGGCAGCAGGCCAGCUGGAACAACAGCAGCAACAAGAACCUCAGCAACAGCAGCAGCAACAGCAGUCGAUACAAAAGCUAGGUACGGAGAGGUCGACAGAAAUCGGGAGUAGACUGAGCAAUGGAACUCUCGAUCCGUCGGACCAGGAUUCAGCUGCGCGAUUAAUUGAUUUGCAAGCCACUCUCGACAAGCAGAGCUCAGAAUUGAGCACGUGGCAACGGCGGGUAGCUGAGUUAAGUGGACGAGUAGCUGAAUUGGAAGAAAGCUUAUCCAAGGCUCAGAAAGAUCUUCUGAAAACGCAAGAAACGAACGUGAAACUGCAAAGAGAUUUACGUGAAAAUGUUGCCCAAAAAGAGGACCAGGAAGAAAGGAUAGCAACUCUUGAAAAACGAUACCUUAAUGCUCAACGCGAAUCCACUAGUUUACACGAUCUCAACGAAAAGUUGGAACAGGAGCUGCAACACAAGAAGGCUCAAUUAAAGCUCCAAGAAGAAAAAAUAUCAGCAAUACAAGAAAAAUUAGAACUUGCAGAACAGAAAUUAGCUCAAUACGCUAAGUUGCCAGAAAUGGAAGAGCAAUUAAAGCAGAGGAUGGAGGCUCUGACGCAGGUGAGGAGGCCCAACCAGCAGGCUCAAGAAAGGCACGGUAGUGCAGAGGAUAGGAUACAAAGAUUGGAAACACAACUAGAGGAAAAGAACGCUGAAGUGAUGCGUGUUAAUCAACGACUUAAAAUGAACGAAGAACAUAAUACACGGCUUAGUACAACAGUUGAUAAACUUUUGUCCGAAUCUAACGAAAGAUUACAAGUGCAUUUGAAAGAGAGAAUGCACGCAUUAGAAGAAAAGAAUGCUCUUACGCAGGAGCUUGAAAAGACAAGAAAGAUCGCUGAAGAUCUCCAAAAUGAAAAGGCUGAAAUAGUUAAAGAAUUAGGAAAAGCACGUCUUGAAAUUGAUAAUGUAAAAAGGCAGAUGCUUCAGCAAGAAAUCGCAUUUAAUAUACAACAAACGGACGCUUUGACUAGAAGUUUGUCUCCCAAUGCAGUGGAUCCAGGUUCCUUUUCUAGAAGUGCAAGUCACAGUAGCUUCGACACCCAUUCGUUACCAAGGAGAACGGCUAAACGUCCAGCGAUGGAAGAAGAUCCAGCAAAGAAUUACGUAGCUCGCACUUUAGCGGAACAAGAAUGGGAAAAAUUACAGCAAGCGCAUGUUCUAGCCAAUGUGCAACAAGCGUUUGACGUUUCCAGUGACGCAGAGGGUGACGGAGAUAAUGAAAGUCUUUUCAGUUGUGCGGCUGAUGUAAUUAGCCCUACAGGGCAUACAGAUGCUCAAACGUUAGCGUUGAUGCUACAAGAACAAUUAGAUGCAAUUAAUAAUGAAAUUAGGUUGAUUCAGGAAGAAAAACAAAGUACGGAAGCUCGUGCAGAAGAAUUGGAAUCACGAGUUGGCAGUCUUGAACAUAUGAAUUUAUUAGCGAGAGGUAGAAGUUUGGAACGAGCGUCGCCACCAUUGAGCGGAAGAUCCACACCUAAAUCUCAUCAUAGUCCUAAUAGGGAUUACUUACAUAAAUAUCAUACUGCACCGGCAUCAAUGUCUCCAGCGCAUCUCCAUCAAUAUGCUGCUUCCUUAGCUAGCCCGGGUCAACUUUCUGAAUCCCUUCCUGCAAGUCAGUUACAGUUAUCAGGUGAAGAACUGCAUUCGGUGAGCGAAAGGGAUAGCACCGGUGGUGCAGGAAGCGGUGGCAGCGAUGCAGCCUCACCGUUAACUGCUCGAUCAAUCAGGCUGGAACGAGUAGUACAAGCACUUGCUCAUAGUCAAGAAGAACUGAGAAGACGCACUGGACAAGCCGGAUUUCCCAGCAGUGGUUUUCCUGCUCACAGCAGGCAUGGGCAACAUAACAACGGCGCACUCAAUUCUGGGACUCCCCCUUCCCCAUUGUCCUCACGCCAUAGCAGCCAGGACAGUUUGCACAAGAACAACUUGCCUGGUGUCGGAUUGGCGAUUGGACAACUGUCUAGCUCGCAUUUGCACAUGCAGUCAACCAUGAGUCCAGCUACAGCAGCAGCGGUGGCUGCAGCUCAAAAGAAGAAGGGGAUUAAGAGCAGCCUUGGAAGAUUUUUCAGCAAGAAGGAAAAGAUAAAGGGAAAAGACACGCCAAUGCCUGGAGAUAUACCUGGUAUGGGAGGAGCAAGUACACCUGCGGAUCCUGAUUAUGGAGAUAGCGUUUCUGUGGCUGGAACUAUGGGCAGCAAAAGUGAUUUUGAUCGUAGAAAAAAGAAAAGUCCUAGUAUGUUUGGAAGUAUGCUAGAUUCAUCGAGGCACGAGCUUUUGGCGGAAGCGAUGCGAGCUGGAACCCCGUUUGCUUUGUGGAACGGGCCAACUGUGGUGGCUUGGCUUGAAUUAUGGGUCGGUAUGCCUACCUGGUACGUAGCAGCCUGCCGGGCCAAUGUGAAAAGCGGUGCCAUCAUGAGUGCUCUUAGCGAUACCGAAAUCCAACGCGAAAUCGGUAUAAGUAAUCCUUUACAUCGAUUGAAAUUACGAUUAGCUAUCCAAGAAAUGGUGUCACUGACAAGUCCAUCAGCACCAAAAACCUCUCGCACAACUUUAGCAUUUGGAGAUAUGAACCACGAAUGGAUUGGUAAUGUUUGGCUUCCAAGUCUUGGAUUGCCUCAAUACCGAUCCACUUUCAUGGAGUGCCUUGUCGAUGCUAGAAUGUUGGAUCACCUUACAAAAAAAGACCUUCGUGGUCAACUUAGAAUGGUUGAUAGUUUCCACAGAACAAGUUUGCAGUAUGGCAUUUCGUGUUUGAAGCGAUUAAAUUAUGAUAGGCAACAAUUAGAAGAAAGAAGACGAAUGGCGGAAGGUGCCAACGUCGAUGUUCUUGUAUGGAGUAACGAUCGCGUUAUAAGAUGGGUGCAAUCUAUCGGCCUGAAAGAAUACGGGAACAACCUCUUGGAAUCUGGGGUACACGGAGCUCUUGUAGCCCUCGAUGAAAGUUUCGAUGCAAAUAGUUUUGCUUUAGCUUUGCAAAUUCCGACCCAAAACACACAAGCUCGACAACUGUUAGAAAUGGAAUUUGCUAAUUUAUUAACAGUAGGAACAGAGAGGCGACUCGAUGAAUCGAAUAGUAUGAAAUCCUGAUCCAACUCGUCUAGUAGGCUGCCUCAUCUUCAACCACACCAUGUCUAGUCUGAAACCCCAGAUAUUACUACUCUCUGUACGCAAGUGUGUUGUAAGAGCUUUAAGUAUCAUUCUAAGGGUAACUUUAUACUGUUAAGAGUGUAACAUGCGGUAGUAUGAAAGAGUGAUUGAACAUAAAACUGUUAAAAAAGGAUGAUUAUAUCGUAUGUUCAAUAAGAAAAUUUAAAGCGUUUUAUCGAUUUUUGCGUCACGCGUUUCAUAAAUCGCAUGUUACUUAUUUCACUGAGAACAAAAAAAAAAAAAAGAAAAUAAUAAUAAUUCUUGAUGAAUUGCUCUCAUAUAGAUACUGAAAUGUAGUGAGCGGUCGGGAAAAUCAUGAGAUAUAUAUAUAUUUUUCCUCGAAAGCCAAAAGAAAUAUCAGUUAUAGGUAAUUACGACAAUAAUUCUGUCUAAUUUAUCUUGAUUUUUUUAAGGGUAGCGAUUUGUAGUUUCGAACUAAUAAUAUCAUGGUAGUUUGUAAAAAAAAAAUUUUUCAACGCGUGAUCGCAUAUUUCUUAUACUAUAUUAUGUACUUAUACUCUGUAACAAAUAGUUAAAGCAGCAUCUAUUUUGAUACCACUUACCGCACAAAAUAAAAAUCCCCAAAUUAUAUUAGUGCCAUUGCUCUCGAGGAAACUAUUUAUGUACAAGGAAAAGACUGCGUUCUAUAUUUCUGGAUCUAUAAGAUGGUGACCUAAUAAGCCAUACAUAUACAUAUACAUAUUAUAUAUAUAUAUAUACAUAUUACUUUGUACAGAAGGAGUACCGGGAUACUUGUUCUCCUCUGUUAUUUCGAUGAAUUUUAAAUGUUUGUAGAUCACAUAUAAACACGUAAUAUAUUCAAAAAUUACACUGAAGCAAGCAACUAUCAUAACUAAGAAACUAUGAAACAGGAAAGCAGUUGCAUGGGACGUGUUUAAAAAGCUCGCUUUUUAUUUACCGUGGACUAAGAACAGACAUUUUAUACCAAAAUAAUCGCGCAAUGUAUAAAAAUUUAUUAUCGUUGGACUCGAUCGGUGGUGACAAAAAAACUGUUAUAAAUGUAAAGAAAUGUCACGGGAUAAGAAAGAAAAAAAAUGGCCAUAACGAGAACAGCAAAAGAAAAAACAAAUACACUGAUAAUGGCCAUAAAUAUUUGCUAAAACAAUAGUGAUGAUGUUGCUGAAGACAAUGAUUGCGAUGAUAAUUAUAAUUAUCCAUUACAAAUGUUAUCAAACUGAAGGUGUGGCGAAAGACUGAGACUUAUGACAGUGACUGUAUUGACAAAAACUGGUCAUGAUAGAGACGAUCACAAUAAUGAUGAUAAGUUAUAAUGGGAUGUUGUUAACGUUGUUGAUACUUGAUGAAUCAUUGUUGUUGAUGUUUGUUUCCCUGUGAAGUACCCCCUGCAAGCUGUUCAUUCGUUGUAACUCCGCGGCUCUGCAAUGACCUUCCGAAUGGGCGCAAACGUACCAAAUAGUUUCUACCAAAGACGUCGCAAUACAGCACGAUGAUUUAACAGUCAUACAUGUGUAAUUUAACGUUGGCACUCGAGAUAUAUAUGCAGUAGAAAGAUCAAAAUAUCAUCCUACAUGUAAAGAUCAUAAUGUACAGUUUCAUCCUUCGGCGUAUAAUACUUUCUUUUCUUUUUUUUUUUUUUUUUUCCUUUAUUAUUUAGCAAGUACCACCGAUCAGUUGAAAUAUUUCUAGGUAAUCAGAAAGACUCGCUAAGCCAAAGCAACGUUACGCUACCUCAAUACUGAGAUACGGUGGUACCGGUUACUUUAUCUUUUGCAUAAAUACAUUGUUAACUUGUUCCAUGAUUUGUAAUUUAUAAUUAAUUCUUCAUGGCGCAUUAAAUCGGAAUUUCUGAUUGACAUUGGGUUGAAAAACAAAUCAUCCAAAAUGUGUAAGAUUGACUUGCAAUUGUUAAAGAACGGAUCAUUGAAUAAUAGAGAAACAGUAAUGUGAAACUACACACAGAUUUAGUUUUUUAACGAUAACGAAAAACAAUUUUCUAAAUAUAUUGUGAAGAAACUUCGGUUUGAAGUAUUUUCAGAAUAUAGCGUUACAAUAUGUACCCUUUUCGCCCUAAUAUAAAGCUACACGAACGAUUGUACAGAACCAAUUUGUACAAAUGAAUAGAUAUACAAAGUCAAGGCAAUUUGUGAAACAGAAUGGCCGUCUCUCCCUUUCGGAAGUGUCUGCAGUAUAUGUAAAUGACUGAACUUAUUUUUAAUGUAUGCUAGUUAAUAGUGUCUAUGGACAUUCCAAGGAAAAGGAAAGAAAGCAAACCUUCCAAAAAACGCAGACACAUUCAUAAUGGCAUAUAUGUAAAUCAUGACUCGGUAUGUAGCAGCUUUGCCGCCUUCUAUGUAUUUAACUAUAAAUAUAUACAUAGAUAUAAAAGAAAUAAAGUUUCGCCUGAAUCCAGCCUCCGACUGCUCGGUAUCGAAUAGAGCUUUAAUAAGCAAGGCUAAUAACUAUUAUAUUCGUAAUAUUUUUACCAAAAAGUAAGGAAUUAUUGCUUAAACUUAGAUUUCGUCUUGCCUUCGAUUUCCUUUAAACAUUCUCCACCUUUGUGUUUGGAAAAUUGUAUUCCAAUCUUCUUUUGUCUAUAUAUGCUGAUAGAACCACUAAAAUUGUUCAAUAUAUUAAAUAUUGUCUUCAGCAAUGCUUGAAGAAUUUUAUUUAAAUGAAUAUAAUAGUUUCAUAUAAAUAUAGCAUUGUAACAGUAUCGAAAAGAAAGACAUAUAAAGCGUUUAUGUUUCUUUAUUAUCAGUUUAAACAUAUCAUACAAUUGUAAAAAGUGUUUAUAGUAGAUAGAAUUACAUAAAAAUAUAAUUGUUUCUGUGUACAAUUUUCAUUUUUGUUUUAUCGUUUGCCUUGGAAAAAAAUACAUGUUAAGAUAUAUAUGAUAAAAGCAUACACGUAAUCAUGUGUAAUAUUGUGAUGUAACAAUACGUGGUAUGUGUUACUUUAUAAUGUAUUUUUUUUCUUUGUAAACUUUUUCUUUUUAUGCUCAAUUCGACCGAACUGACGGAAGAACAAGUUCGACAUUAUUCUGGAUUUUUGUACGACAUAUGUUUGUGAGUGUUAAUGCUAAUACUGUACAUAUGUAUGCGCCAGCGCACGUGUGUGUGAGAGUGUGUAUCUGUAUAUAUCAUUCUCUAUGUAUAUAUGAAUUAUUUAUUAACAAUUCUGUAAUUUACAAACAUUUCAUUACACGCCCAAUGCAGUUAAGUAUCCUGCAAGCGUCAUAUACUUUGGAUGAAAAUUGAAAUAACUAUCAGACAUUGAAUUACUUUACUUCUGAAUAAAGUUUGCAAUGAAUUCUCUUACAAUUUGUUUAAAUUUAAGUUGCAAUAGUAAUUUGGAAAUAUGAAGGCUACAAUUAUCAAUUUAGAGUAGUCAUUGCAUUGUAUAAUAUGAAACUUUGAUGGCUAUGUAAAAACUAUAUAGGAUAAAUUUAUUCAGAAGCAAAGAAAAUUAUUCGAAAUUAUAAAAUAAAAAUGACGUACGAGUCAUUGGGCACACUUUACAUGAAAUAAAAACAGAAAUUUAAUUCAA